UGAGAAGAGGAUGCGCAUAGGCAGAGCUUGAGGUUCAUUCUCCACACGGACUUCAGCUUCGUUACUUUGUGUCUUUUUAUUAAAGUGUCCUGAUUCUUGACACCCAUCAUAAUGAAACCAGAGUCCAGACGGCGCUCUUUAGGAAAAUCUCCACAUACUCCUGCUGCUACUAGCUCAAAGAUGUACCACUGCUCAGAUUGUGGGAAAAGUUUUAUGAAGAGUCAGUAUCUCAAAUAUCACCAGCGUGUCCACACAGGAGAGAAGCCGUAUCACUGUGGACAUUGUGAUAAAAGUUUUUCCCAACCAUCUAAUCUCCAAAUACAUGAGCGUAUCCACACAGGAGAGAAGCCGUAUCACUGUGGAUACUGUGGGAAGAGUUUUAGUCAGCAGAGUAAUCUCAAACUGCAUGAGCGCAUCCACACAGGAGAGAAGCCGUAUUGCUGUGGACAGUGUGGAAAAAGUUUCAUUUGUCAGAGUUAUCUUCAACUGCAUGAGCGUAUCCACACAGGAGAGAAGCCAUAUCAUUGUGGACUGUGUGGGAAGAAUUUUACUCAGCAGAGUCAUCUCAAACUGCACACGCGCAUCCACACAGGAGAGAAGCCGUAUCGCUGCGGACAGUGUGAGAAGAGGUUUACUCAACAAAGUAAUCUCCAACGACACAAAUGCAUCCACACAGGAAAGAAGCCGUAUCAGUGUGGACAGUGUGGGAAGAGUUUUGCAAAAAAUGAUCAUCUCAGAAAUCACAAGCGUGUCCACACAGGAGAGAAGCCAUAUGACUGUUCACAGUGUGGGAAGAGUUUUACCCAACUACCUAAUCUCCAAACACACCAGCGUAUCCACACAGGAGAAAAGCCAUAUCACUGUGGACAGUGUGGGAAGAGUUUUACUUAUCGGAGUAUUCUCCAACGUCAUGAGCGUAUCCACACAGGAGAGAAGCCACAUCACUGUAGACAGUGUGGGAAGAGGUUUACUUGUCAGAGUAACCUCCAGCGGCAUGAACGUAUCCACACGGGAGAGAAGCUGCAUGAUUGUCAACAAUGUGGGAAGAGUUUUACUUGCCAGAGAAAUCUCCAACGCCAUGAGCGCAUCCACACAGGAGAGAAGCCAUAUUACUGUGGCCAGUGUGGGAAGUGUUUUACUCGUCAGAGUUAUCUCCAACAGCAUGAGCGCAUCCACACAGGAGAGAAGCCGUAUGAAUGCUUACAGUGUGGGAAGAGUUUUAGCCAACUAGCUACUCUUCAAAUACAUGAGCGUAGCCACACAGGACAGAAACCAUAUUUCUGUGGACAGUGUGGGAAGAGUUUUAUUCGGCAGACGUAUCUCCAACUCCAUGAGCGCAUCCACACAGGAGAGAAGCCGUAUGUCUGUGGACAGUGUGGGAAGAGUUUUACUUGUCAGAGUAAUCUCCGACAGCAUGAGCGCAUCCACACAGGAGAGAAGCCACAUCACUGUGGACAGUGUGGGAAGAGUUUUACUCAUCAGAGUAAUCUUCAACGACAUGAGCGCAUCCACACAGAAAAGAAGCCACAUCACUGUGGACAGUGUGGGAAAAGAUUUAGUGACCUGAGUGCCUUCCACGGCCACCAGCAGAGUCAUACAAAACAGAAAUCACAUCAGUGCAGUCAAUGUGGACGGAGCUAUACUUAUUCAAAAUCAUUUAGGAAACACAAAUGCUCCAACAAAGCUAUCAGCUCUUGACAUGUAAAUUUGUCAAAUUUAAGAUGUACAUGUUUUUAAAUUACUUUUUUGUUUUAAGGUAAGGGAAAAUUCUGGCUAAAAUUAUGCCUGCCAGUGCCAAUGAAAGCCAUGUUUUGUAUUAGAAAAUCUUUGGCUUUUGUAGGGUCAGGGCUAAAAUUUGCACAGAUCUUUAUAACCAAGGCCCAAUCCCAAUUCUAAUUUCUACCCCUCCCCCUUCCCCUCCCCCUUCCCCUUGGCCCUUCCCCUUGAAACUGAGCUACAAGGGAUAGGGCUUGAAAUUCAACCCUUACGUAUUGGGAUAGCCCUUCAACGAUCGCAUACGUCAUCGCGUACCUCCGUCAGCGUUUACGUUAGCAAAACGCGACCAAAUGCGUCAUUGGCUGCGACCAGCCGCUACAGUCAGAGCCAGA